GAGGAGGAUGCGGCCGCUGACGGAGGAAGAAACGCGGCUCCUGUUCGAGAAGCUCUCAAGAUAGCACAAGGAAAUUUCUGUAUACGGGCGGCUUACAGGUGGGUUACUCCGUCUGAUUAAAGUAAACGAUCUUUGUCAUCCAUGGAUACAAGAUUUUGGUUUAAUAUCUCAUUCAAAGGACGACACUUCCAAAAUUCCCGGAGUACUGCACUAUAAUUUAAUUGAGCUCAAAAUUCCAAUGUGGGGCAUUGGAGAGAAUAUUAAGCUGCUAGUGGAUCGUCCUGACGGAACCUACUGCUUCCGUUUACACAACGAUCGUAUUUAUUACGUCAGUGAGACCAUCCUGAAACUGGCAACAAGUAUACCUCGAAAUAAACUUGUUUCAUUAGGAACAUGCUUUGGGAAAUUCACCAAAACAUCAAAAUUUCGAUUGCAUGUAACGGCUCUCGACUACCUUGCUCCCUAUGCUAAGUACAAAGUAUGGGUGAAGCCUGGAUCUGAACAAUCGUUCCUGUAUGGAAACCACGUUUUGAAAUCUGGUCUGGGCCGAAUUACGGAGAACACGGCUCAGUAUCAAGGUGUUGUGGUUUAUUCCAUGGCUGACGUUCCAUUGGGCUUUGGAGUUGCUGCAAAAUCAACUCAAGACUGUCGGAAAUUAGACCCAAUGGCAGUCGUUGUAUUUCACCAGGCUGAUAUUGGCGAAUAUUUACGACAUGAGGAUACAUUAACAUAACUUAUCGUCUUAUUAGCUACAAAAAGAACUAUUUCUCACACGUCAGAUUCUCUAUGGAAGGGGAAGAUAAUUCAGCAACUUACUGCUGCUCCACCGCAGCGGAUUGUGGGAAGGCUCAAGGUUGCUUUCAGUAAGAAAUGAAAACAUCUGAAAUGUUAUUCAAGAUCGUUUUCCAAACUUGUAUCGCUUUUUCAAGCUGGUAUUUCAAGGCAGUCAAUAUUUUAAAGAUCUCAAAAGUUGUAUCAGAGAGCACAUUUCAGAACGUUCGUAGUGAUUCAGACCAUUGUUUUAUAUUUAUAUCUGUUGUGCCUUCUUAAUUUUGGCUCAAAAUUGAAUUGAAAUGAACACUUUUGGACGAGGUAUGAUUUUUGAUAACUAAAAUUUAAGGUAUUAAAUGUAAUUGUUUAAAAGUACUAUUUUAGCUGAAGAUUACAUGGAACCAGCUCUGGCUAUCUCUGACACCUAUUUCACCUUGUAUCCAGUGUGAUUUUUGAAUUUUGGGAAUUUUACAUACAUUAAUUGGAAAGUGUAUGAUUUCUCGUUAACUUGCAGAAAAUAUUUGAAAAAAUUUACUGCAUGACAGUUUUUUUUCUGCCACCAUUGCAGUUAGUCCUGCUAAUGUAUUGUAUCUGUUACAAUAUGAUUGUAUCCACAGUUGUAUGCUUGUAUUCAUCUUCAAAGUAGAUGACAUUCGAUUUUCUAUAUAAAAACGCAGUUUCUGAUC